UAUAAGUCAUUCUAUUGCCAAAUAAUGAUAGUAAAAAGUAAUUGAACUAGAUCUAUCCAACUCUGAAUAAUUUAGUGGAAAAUCGAUUUACUUCUUUCUUAAGCUUUGCUAAUGUGUAUAAAAAAAUUUUUCAAAGAAUAUUUGAAAGUGUUUACAGCAUUCAGAAUAUCAAGUUUACUUUAGUUGUUUGGUUUUCUCGAAAGAAUAGGCUAGUUUUUCUAUUUAAUCAAAUAUCUUCGCUAAACCUUCAAGUCAUUUUUCUAAUGGUCAUCUACAGUAACUUUGCCUAUCUGAGUCAAGGUAAGACUGGAAAAGUAAGACUUUAUCCAUGAUUUUCUUAAUUUUUCUUCACAGUGAAUUGAGUAAAGCAAGUGAAAAGUUAAGGAAACUGUGUUAAAAGUACCUGUAAAAGGUUCAAAUUAGAUCCAGAAUAUUGGCCAUUCCACUAACUGUUUUACUUUCGAACUGUCAAUAUGAUUAGUAGCAGUUUCUUUGUGAUAUUUUUCGUUCAGAUCUCUAUAUUAAAUUCUUAUAAUGUAACCGAGAUAUGUGGUAAUAAUGACUCUUUACAACCUAAUGACGACUGUUUAAGAGUUUUAUGGACAAACGCCGGAUGUAAGGAAAGUGUAUUUACUCCUAAUGUGACUUGGAGGUCUAUGACAAUCUUAGAAGCGUCUGAUAAAAUGAAAAAUUUGUUUAACUCUUCAAAAGCUCACGUUCAUAACUUUUUAAAAAAUAGAAUAGAAUGCUUUGGUAUAACUUCAACUUCAGAUAUAAAUAUCCUAUACGGAGUAGAACCAACCAUGACUAUGGCAAAUGAGAAUACUCUAUUAUCUGUUGCUCAUUUAACGGACGGAAUUAAAAUACCAGACAUUUCUCUGGGUGGAUGUUCUCAUAUAGCGGCUAACGUAGAAAUUAAGGUGUAUUCGCCAAGACUUUAUAUAAGAAAAGUAGUCAUUUGGACACCUUUUACCUUAAACGUUCAAACAGUAAAUAUAUGGACUGGCUCUUCUUCAAAUGUUUGCCAGAAUAACGUUAUUCUAAAAAAUGGAACGUUUACUGAAAUAUUCUGCUUAAAAACAAUCAACGCUUAUGACAACGUGUAUGUUAGAUCAACCGAUUCAAGUAGUCUAUAUAUAUGUGAAAUUGAGGCCUAUUUUGAUAAUCUUGCAUAUUUUAAACCAAUUUGGCAUACUUUAAACGAAGCCAAGUUUAAGGUAUACGCAGUUGAUUUAUACGAUUAUGUCUCAAACGGUGGUCAAAUAAGUAUAUCGAAUGAGAAUCCAAUUAAAACUUGGUCAAAUAUUAGUAAGAAAGUGUGUGAUUAUCUUCCAAUAAGCUCUAUUCGCUUGUAUGGCACUACUGUUCUCUGUCAAGGCGGAGGUAUUGAGGGUCAAUUUGUUAUUCUUGAAAAAAGAGCUAGCGAAGCAGUAGCAGAAGUAAAUAUAACUUCAAUAGAAGUUUAUGGUGAUUACGUUGACAAACCCUCAGAAAACUCUGUAGAUAUACUUAAAAAUAAACUUUUCUGGUCCAAUAAGGAAAUAGGCAUUCAUAAAAUGUUGGAUUAUGGUCAUAACAGUUUUCCCAUCAGAAAUGAAAUUAGCAAUGCGUGGAUAUACUUUGAUCUUGAAGCAUUAUAUGAAAUUGAGAGUGUAUCAAUCUUAAAUUCAAAUAUAAAUAAUGAAAAGUGUAAGAAUCUAUACAUAUCUGUAUCAAAUUCAACAGUUUUCAAUGAUGUCGAUGUCAUGAAUAAAGGAAAAUGCUACAAGAAUAUUCAUAAAAUGUCAUGGCGUACAUUCCAUAUGUAUAAAUGUGAAACUCCUAAUCCAAUAGGGAGAUUCUUAAUAUGGUAUUAUCAAGGUGUAUCGAUAGUAUCAAUGGCUGUUGUUGAAGCAUACGGAACGAAAAUUAUUGAAGAAAAGUUCCAGAAGAUUCAAUUAACAAAGGUCAUUUCGAACACUGAAGAUAUACUCCACAAAAGUGAUAUACGUGGUGGAUAUCCUAUAAAGAUAAUAGAUGGAAGGCGUAUUAAUUACAAUGCAAAAAUAACAUAUUUUACUUGUGCCGGAAUCCAACAUAAUUUAGAAAGUAGAUUUUCAAUCUACCUUCAAAAUACUUACAAAGUAGAACAAGUUGUCGUUUAUCCAUUUCGUGAAGAUGAUGGUUUCAGCGAUUGUUUAGUAUCUGUAGAAUUGAUUUCAAGAGAUCCAGAGAGACAAAUUUGUGGUCUUUCAAACUAUUAUAGCUGGUCGAAAAGUUAUACUCUAUACUUUGAUUGUUCUUUAAUUGGAGAUAGAAUAUCUUUAUACAGGAGUAAUGGUUCUCGAAUAAUAACAGUAUGCGAAGUACUAGUAUUUGGAAGAAAUCUUACAUCUGAAGAGAAAUCUUUUAAGAAUACGAUAAGAUAUCCGACGAAGAUGAUUAACCUCAACAAUAUAGUGACGCCCUAUGAAAAUACAUGCUUAAUACAAGCGUCAAAUAUUUUAAUUCAAUUUGAUAAUUUCUAUGAAAUAUACGGUUUUGGAUUUGACACAAAUUCAUCCCUACUUGGUAAUAAAAUAACGUUUAACGGUCUAACCGGUAAAGAAAAAAUUGAAUGUUCAUUUUUGGACCAAUACAUAAGUCUCGUUCAAAACACAAGAUUCUUUAUUCAAUGUUUCUCUGUUAUAACAGUAAAAUCAAUAUGGAUAAAUUCGUCAAUGAAUAGUAUGGCAUUGUGCAAUUUUUACAUUGUUGUAAAAGACAAUAUCAAUCAACAAGUGGCAAACUUUUUUCAAGAAAAGAACAACAAAUUAAUAGAACCUUUGCUGAUGGCAUCGAUAUCAAAUGUUACGAAUUUUCUUAAUUGUUAUAAAAACUGUAUAAAUCUACCUAAAUGUGAAACUGCUACAUAUCUUAAAGAUGAACGCAAGUGUUUCUUAUCAGAAGUUUCAACGUAUUUAACUAUGCCGGUUAAUUUCACUAUCGCAACAGAGUCAACUUAUCAGACAAACUUUCAAAUCGUGAACUCAAAAAUGAACUUGUGCUAAACAAUAUCAUGUUUUGUAUUGAAAAUAUUACUUGCAGAUUGUUUUAUAGAGAAUUCUUUCUUACUUAAGAUUGGAAAUACCAAAGUUCUUAUUUAAAAAAGUAGAGUACAUUAUUGAUAUCCU